AUGGCUACCCCUAGUGUCCUAGCCUUUGACGCUGAGGAUCGGGCCAUUGACUUUGAGGUCUGGGUAGACGACCUGCAGCUGUUCUUACAGUGCGAUAGGGCAGACGGCCUCUCUCUCUUUGACCUUACCUCUGGCGCUUCCCCUGCCCCUGCUGCUGAUGCUGACGCCACUGUUUGCUCCCAGUGGGCCACGCGCGACGCUGCUGCACGUCUUGCUGUGCGUCGCCACCUCCCUACCUCCAAGCGUGCGCACUUUAGUCAGUACAAGAGUGCUCAGACCCUGUACGACGCUGUAGUCGCGCGCUACUCCUCCCCUGCCACUGCUGCACUGAGUCUCACUCGCCUUCCUGACUCCCUUCGAGUAGUCAGGGACCACUUUCUCUCAGUCUGUCCCACCACACUCACUGUCGACCUCCUCGAGAAGGCCCUCUUAGCAGCGGAGAAGAGUAUAGUCGCUGUAGGAGCCUCUCGAGGUGACCCGCGCACCCCCAUCUUUGAGGGGUGUUCCCCCUCCCCCCUGCUGCCCUCUGUUGCCUCUGCUGCUACGGCCGACCUCCUUGGUCUUGAGUCGGUCGGAGCGGCGUCUGCCCCUAGCAGGAGACGCCGCCCUGGCAAGGGCAAGGGGGGCAAGGGAGCUGGAGGAGCGGGCGGUGGAGGUGGAGGUGGAGGCGGUGGGGGUAGUGGGGGUGGCGGUGGGAGUGGAGGUGGGGGUGGGGGGGUCGGUGGCGGCAGUGGAGGCGGAGGCGGCGGCGGCGGUGGCGGUGGGAGCGGAGGUGGCGGAGGAGGCGGCGGUGGAGGCGGCGGUGGAGGCGGCGGCAGUAGCGGAGGCGGCGGAGGCAGUGGGGGUGGCGGUGGAGCUGGUCGCGGGUCUUCGCAGAGGAGUGGCUCCGGUAGUGGCGCGCGCCAGCAGCAGGAGCGCGGUCGUGAGACCCUGUCCCCUCAGCAGCUCCGGGAGUGGUACACUGCACGCCAGCGGGGUGGGGGUUUUGGUUCGUGCACCUACAUCCUGCGCACCGGCGACCGUGCGGGUGAGCAGUGUGGGGGCCCGCACCCCACCCAGCGCUGCUUUGGCCGCCUGACGGACGCGUGGCGUCAUCAGUUCCCGGAGGACUCAGAGAUUCCUCGCUGGGGGGAGCUGUCUAGGGCGGGUGUUGCCAUCUUUGAUCUUGACUUUGAUGCUAUUCUCUUUGUCAUGUAUGCUGUGUCUCAUAGUGAUGAGGGUGACUGCUACCGCUGUUUCCCGCCCGAUCCGGGCAUUGAGGCUGUUGCCCUAGAUGCUUGCGACGCUGCUGCUCUAGGUGCUAGUGUGUCUGCGUCCUCAGGUACUGAUGAGUCUGCGCUCUCAGGUACUACGUCGGCUUCGGCCUCCCUCACCUUCACCCUUGACUCUGGGGCGUCUUGCUCCUUCUUUCAGGACCGCACCACACUCAUGCCGCUUAGUCGGCCGGUUGCGGUGUCUUUGGCUGACCCCUCCGGGGGUCCUGUGCUGUUUCGCUUCUCCACAGUCCUCCCGUGUCCGGCGGCUCCCUCUGGCACCUUGUCUGGUCUCUACCUCCCCUUGUUCUCGAUGAACGUGGUGAGUGGUGCUGACCUACAGGAUGGGGGAGUACACCAGUUCACUCCUGCGCGUCAGCGGGUGACGCAUUGUACAGAGGCUAGCACAGGCCGGCACCUGGCUACGUUUACCCGUCAGCCGGGGUCGAGCCUGUACACACUGACCACUGCGUCUCCUCCCGUUACUGAGUCUGGUAGAGUCGCUUCGUCCAGUCAGGUGUUUGCUGCAACGUCUAGGUCUGGUCCUGAGUCUGCCCCCUGUUCGUGUCGUCUCUUGUCUUAUGAGACUCUCCUCUGGCACCACCGUCUUGGUCACCCCUCUCUGCUUCGGCUCAGAGGCAUGGCCUCCCGUCUUCUUGUGUCUGGUCUCCCCCGGUCCCUCCCUUCCCUUCCUCACGGCCCUGGCCCUGCCUGUGUCCCCUGUGUCGAGGGGCGCCAGCGGGCCGCCCCUCACUCCUCCCAGUUUCCUCCGACAGAGGCCCCGUUUCAGACGCUUCACAUGGGUGUGUGGGGCCCAGCCCGCGUCCGUGGACAGGGUCACGAGCGCUACUUCCUGCUCGUUGUUGACGACUACUCGUGUUACACCACGGUCUUCCCCUUGCGCAGCAAGGGUGAUGUCACUGAGGUGCUGAUCGACUGGAUCCGUGCGGCUCGUCUCCAGCUCAGGCGGAGCUUUGGCUCGGACUUCCCUGUUCUGCGUCUGCACUCGGACAGAGGCGGAGAGUUUUCCUCUGGCCUACUGCGAGCCUACUGUCGCGCACGAGGCAUCCGUCAGACCUUUACGCUUUCGGACUCACCGCAGCAAAAUGGGAUUGCUGAGCGCCGCAUUGGCAUGGUCAUGGACGUCGCUCGUACGUCUAUGAUGCAUGCGGCUGCCCCCCAUUUUCUGUGGCCGUUUGCGGUCAGGUACGCGGCGCAUCAAAUCAACCUCCACCCCAGGGUCUCCAGGCCGGAGACCUCCCCAGCCUUACUGUGGACGGGGAAGGUUGGCGAUGCGUCGGCGUUCCGGGACGUCACGUUUGACGAGUCGGUCCCCUACUACCGCCUCUUCCCCUACCGCACUCCGUCCCUCCCCCCACCCCCGCUCUUCCUUGUACCAGGUCCCCCCCAGGUAGACUCCCUCCCCCCUCAGGGUCCUGCCCCUUCUGGUUUGUCCCAGGUAGACGCAGUCGAGCCUGUCGAGGUCACUGGUGAUUCUGGUUCUGCUGGGGGUGCUGAGCCUGGGGGUGCUGGACCUGGGGGUGCGGAGUCUGGGGGUGCUGAGCCUGGGGGUACUGCGUCUGGGGUUGCUGAGCCUGGGGGUACUGCGCCUGGGGGUGCUGAGCCUGAGGGUGCUGAGCUUGGGGGUGCUACGCCUCGGGGUGCUGAGCCUGGAGGUGCUACGCCUGGGGGUGCUGAGAGUGGAGGUGCUCCGCCUGGAGGUUCUCCAGGUGCUUCUUCUCGCCGGGAGCCACUCUCUCCACAGGAGCUGCGCGAGUGGUUUGCCCGGCACUGGCGCCGUACUGCUGGUGCUGGAGGUUCUUCGGCUGCUGAGGGUGCUGCGGUCGCGGGUCCCGGAGGUGCUCGUACUGGGAGUACUAGAGCUGCUGGGCCUACGGGUUCGACUGGAGCUGGUGCUGCUGAGGGAGUUGGCGCAGAGACUACCGCUGGCGGUCCUGCUGGGGGUGCUCCUGGUGCUGCUGGAGGUGCUGCUGGAGCGGGUGCUCCUGCUGAGGGUACUCGUGCUGUCCCUUCUGCUUCUGGCGUCGUCACGCGGCCUCGACCGUACUUUGUUCCACUCCUGCAGCAGGUUCUUGGUCUUCCUCCUUCUACUGGUCCUCCUCCUCCCUUAGAGUGUCCACAGCCUGUCCCGUCACAGUCACAGCUCCAGCCUGCCUCCCCUCUGCCUGCUCCUUCUCCCUACGCUGGUCCUACUGGAGGUCUUACUGAGCGUCGUGAGCCUGCGUUUCGUCCUACGUCGCCUGUUAGAGCUGCUCGCGCUAGUGGUCGCGGUUCGCGCCAGCGUCCUCCUCCUGUCCCUGGCACGCACCGGAUGUCUCUGCGUCCGUCUACUGCUCCUCUGCGUGCCCCUUUGCCUUCCCCUCCUUAG